AUGUACAUUCGAAUUUUGGGUACUCGUGGCGGAGCUUCGCAGAGAUAUGGGACCUCGCUCACAGACAAGGUCAGCGAUACAAACACAAACAUCGCCAAGGUAGUUGAGCAGACCCAACAGCUAUCAAACUUCGAAGAAAUCGCCAAAAUGUCAAAAACAACGACGAAGAGCUGCAAUAUCCCCGCCACGCCAUCUCAUUGCCAAAACAUCAAUUUCAUCUCCUCCCAAUGGGCCGAGAUCGAAAAGCUACAGAACCUGACCGACGAAGAGCGUAGUGCCAAAAAGAAUGUUAAGAAAGUCGAAGUCUAUAAACCGGAAGAAACGGAAGAAAAGGAUGAUUUUCAGCAGUUUUGCUGGAAGAGCUUUGUUGCUGAUAAAAUGUACAAUGAGAUUAUGGACGAAAUAAAAUCAUAA